GAUUUUAAAUUGAACUGAAAUACAUUGUGUAUUUUUCGAGGUGUGGCAUAUUCCGCGAUCGAAGCGCGUGUACUUGGCAUGAUUUCUUCCGACUGACCGUUGCGUCGGGGCGCCCUCUUAAGAUAAGCAUGGCAGCAGCAACAACAGAACACGAGGGUUCACGCCAUUCAUUGAUUGAAUGCAGUUCGCUGUUGCAGCAGAAAUUAUGAAAUGGACCAUGCCGGACAGCGUCGUCGGUCGGUCGGACUGGACCGAUAGACAAUAAUUAUUUUUAAUAACACAUAGCAUGAAGCCGUGCAGCAGGGCCCGACAGCUCCUAACGAUAUCGGACUAAAUAUUAAUAAACAAAUUGCAUGCAGUUGAUGUGGUCCACUGCAGUUGAUAGUGGCUGCAGUGGGAAUAGGGGCGACUGAUAAUGGACGUCUGUGGUGGGUUAUCUUAGCCUUAACAGGGUGCAGUUACCUCACCUAUAAUGGAUAGGAGCCCGAGUGGUAGGUCGUGUUCGGUGGGGAGGACUGAUACGAAAAUAAUUUCCAAUUAUAAAAUGCCACGCCAGGUGAGUUGAAUCAAAUUCAAUCAAUCCUUAAGCAUGCAUGUGUAUUAUUUAAGAAAAAGAAAAGCAUUCAAAACAUUAUUCACCAAAAUACGUUUGCGUGGUACUGCAUGUUGAUCCCAUUAAAUAUUCAACAGGUUCUCCGUAAUUAUAUGCAAAAAUUCUUAUCUCCCGCCUGUGCUGCUAAAAUGUGAUUUACAAGUUAUAUCUCAUCCUACUAAGGUAAAGGCAUACAAGUACGAGAUAAAGACGAUAUAAACUCCAUACGCAUCGACCCAACCGAGUUCAGUGUCACAAGAUGUCUCGUUACGACCCGGUUGGAAAAGUAUGGUCCGGACCAGCUCAGCCAUCGCUGUUCAACCCGCAGGUCAGUGUUGGCCAAAUGCUGCUCAACAUGUUGGAACGUACUCCCGAUAAGGUGACACAAAUCGAUGGCGAUACCGGCCAGAUAAUGACGUGUGGAGAAUUUCGCCUUAGAACGAUUCGUAUCGCGCAGAAUUUGGAAGCGUGGGGAAUGGCCAAAGGUGAUAUGGUGAUCGUGGCUUGUCGCAAUAGUGAGAACGUAGCACCGUUGGUGGUGGCUCUGUUGACGAUUGGAGCGCAGUUUGUCCUGAUUCCAAUACAUCUAGUGCUGGGCGAGUUGAAGCAUUCAGUGAAGAAGUAUCAGCCGAAGGUCGUAUUCUGCGGCGAUGAAAAUUACGAAGAUUUGAAAAGAGCUUGCCAGGAUGAAGUCGAGCGGGAGCCAACCUUUUUCGUGGCAGAAAGCGAACGAAUUGAUGUGCGCAGGGUAGAGGCGUUGCUUGAGAAAACUGGAAAUGAGCGUAGAUUCCAUGCACCGUAUCUAGGUGAUUCCAGGUCAACAGUUGCGGUCAUUCUGAGCACAUCCGGUACAACCAGCAUGCCGAAAGGGGUAUGCCUUUCGCAUGCACAGGUCAUCAAUUGGAACAUUUCGUAUUUUCACGUAAACCGGGGCAUCACAUUUAACUUUUCUCCAUUGUCCUGGGGAACGGGAUUCUUUACCGUUUUUCAUUGUAUCGCUAUCAGCUCUCCACGUUUGUUUUCGCGGUGCGCGUUCAGUGAAGACAAAUUUUUCGAUCUGCUCGCAAAGUAUCCCUUGGAAACGGUUUACCUGCAACCAAGCUACAGUCAAUCAGUUCUUUGUCAUCCACGUUGUACGGAGGCGGAUUUUUCCAACAUUCAAACAUGGGUAGUCCUCGGAAGUAUGCCAUCCGAUUUACUUCGGGACAAAAUUGAGGCUCUGCUGCCGAACGGCAGAACGAUAAAUGUCUACGGUUUGUCCGAAUGUGGCCUGGUGGUACACGAUUUAAUGGGACGGAAGGCUGGUGCGAGUGGACAAUUGGCACCGCAAAUUCAGGCCAGGAUCAUCAAUGCAGCUGGUCAAACAGUAGGCGUCGGGCAAUUAGGUGAGUUACAGUUGAAGAAAAGUGAUCCUUUCCUUGGUUACUUUGAUGAACCGGAAGCAAUGAGUAGUUUGAUCACUGAGGAUGGUUGGUUGCGAACGCAAGACUGUGGCUACUUUGAUGAGGAGCAUUAUUUCUACAUGAGUGAACGGAAGAAGGAUCUACUGAGCUACCGGAACCAGUUAGUGAUUCCGUCUAGCGUGGAGUGGGUAAUCGAGAGAAUUGAAGGGGUGAAGCACGCCUGCGUCGUUGGAGUACCGGAGGACGGAUGGGAAGCGUCGGACCUAUUGACGGCGGUAGUCGUGAAAGAAAAUGAUUCUGAACUGACGAAGGAUGAGAUUUUGGCUGUGGUCAACGGACAGGUUCCAGAUUAUAAACAUUUGAGAGGUGGAGUGAUUUUUCGCGAUGAACUACCCCUCGGUAGGACCGGAAAAGUUUUGCGAGAUAAGGUGCAGGAACUCGUUUUGGAAAUGGAGGCUGUGAGGAUCUGAUUCGUUAGGUUUAUUAUGUUUUUAGAUAGAACAUUUAGAAUACAUAACUGUAUUGAAGAUUUGGAUGCAGACAUGAAUUUAUUUGUGAUUGGUUAUAGAAUCUGUUCUAACUUCAAUC